UCUUUGGAAAAAAUAAUUAAGGAAAAGUUGUGUUAGUUUAAAAAGUGUCGAGUUUUAAAAUGCCUCUAAAAAAAAUCGAACAAAGCGUUCAUAAAUCAUAUCAUAGAUGGGUACUUGAAAAUAUGAGUGAAAUAUUCGCAAAAGUAGAUCCGUACAAGUCCUAUUUUCCAAAUUGUCCUGUUCAGAAGACUCACUACUUUUCUACAGAAGUUCAAGGUCAUGCCGUUGACUGGGACGUCACAUUGAAUUUUUGUAAUAAUAAAUUGAAGAGUGGAUUCAUGAUAGAUUUCGACGCUGUUAAAAAAUUGGAACCUAAGAAUCAUGUCACCUGUAAUAUUUACCUGGUCGACGCCGACGAAAAUAAAUUUUUCCUUGGACGAAAGAACCGGAAAUUUAAUUUCACGCAUCCUUUUUUUGGUACAAUGCGUCCAAGCACUUUAUGUUUAUGUCCCGAGUUACCAAACACCAUAGAUAAACUACUUCCAAAUGAUACCAUGACACUGCACAUCGAACUCAUAACUUACUUGGAUGAUGAUCCUAUAUUUCCUUCCGAGUACAUGAAUUAUAUCCAUUAUCCAGAUCCCAGUUUAUCAGAUGAUUUCUCGGAGUUAUAUAAAGUUCAAGAUGACCGUGAUGUUAUGAUUUAUGUACAGGGUGUUAUAUUUCCAGUCCAUAAAAGAGUAUUGAAAGCACGGUGUCCUAAAUUAUAUGAAAUGGUUGAUCAUCAUCAACAAACGUCUGAUGGCAAUGAUAACCAAGUAGCUCUUACGGACAUAGAGCCAGAGAUAUUUAAAAGAGUUUUAGAAUUUAUGUACACUCGGAAAGUUGAGGACUUGGAUGAUCAUGCAGAAGAUUUGCUAGAAGCUGCUUUGAACUAUGAAUUAAGAAGACUGAAAAAUUUGUGUGAAUUCUCCCUCAUGGAGCACUAUCUUACCCUCGAAAAUUCUGAAGAGGUUAAAAAAUUGGCUAUGAGUUUUGGUGCCAGACAAUUAUUAAGAAACGCCGAUUUCAUGCAACGAAAUGAAUACAAUGGAAAAGAGGUCUAUUAAGGUCGUUCAAAAAAUGACAUUCUGGAGAAAUUAAGUUUAUUGCAGACUAGCCCAUGCAGGAACUGCCAGAGUUGAACGAAGGGGCCCUCCUUGGCUCAGCACUGGGGAACCUAGCUUUGGCACGUCGAUAUUGGCCCAUUCUUGGGUCAAGAAUGGUUACUCAAUCAUGGCCAUUCCAAUCAUUUCCCGAGCCUGGGUUAAGACUAGGUUCCCCUGCCUUGAUCAUCCAAUGGCAAGCCAGAUUUGGGCCAAGGUAGGAUUGUCCAAGUUCGGCUACACCUAUAGUUCCCCAUCGUUGGGCCAGAAUUGGU